CGAAUACCGGUAUCCCUUCUAGAAAGUGACCAAAAGAUGCCAAUGGACCGAAUUGAAGCUGGAACAGAACAUCGGAAAUUCAGGGGUCGGGGAAACCGUAGUAGAGGCAACUUCAACGGAAGAGGGGACCGUGGCAUGAAAUUACAUGGCUCGUUUGGAAGAGAAAAGUUUAGAGAUAAACCCAUGAAUGGCAUUGUACCGAUGAGACGUGGAAUGGGACGAAUGCAUCCAUAUAUGGAUCCUCGCGGACGUAGAGGAAUCAGAGGACGACCUCCAGGAUUUAUGCCCCCUUUUCCUCCUAGGGAAAUGGGAGAGCCGUUCCCACCACUGCCACCUCCUCUUCCUCCACUCAGACGUGGACACCCUCUGCCACCACCACCAGGACUGAUGGGAUUUAGAGGAAUGCCGCCUCCUCCCCGUGGUCGGGGUAUGUUGCCGCCUCCGCCAAGAGGAAACUUUCAUCCUCCAAGAGGCUUUCCCAAUGGACGCGGUGCACCACCACAUCCUCCGCCACCUGGCCGGGGCCAUCGAUGGCCCGCACCGCCAGGUGGCAGACGCUUUUAAAGAGACACACUGUUAACAAUCCAUAGCAGUUUUUAUGUGGCCGGAGAGCGAAACCCCCUCUUUGUUUUUGAAUCUUUAUUGCCAAAAGAGCAUUUAGUUGAGUUUUGAAAAAAAAGAAAAAAUUAUUUUUUUCCCAGCAGCCCUCAUGCAUUAAGUGGCAUAGAAAAAUAUAAUGCCAAACUGCGUUAUAUAAGACAAAUGAUAUCUCUUUGGACACUUUAUCAAAAACACGUAUUCCAAAAUAAACUGUGUGGACAUUGGCUGUUGCACAACGGGACAGAACUAACAAGAUGGGUCAAGCAUUAACAUAAAUAUAUAUAUAUAAAGUAUUGGACUUCUGUGCAACGUUUAUAAGAUUGCUCUCAGUGUUUUCCUGUGUAUUACAAGCACUCUAUUUAAAUUUUAAAGAAAAAAACUAUACUGUCGUAUUUUGUAAUGCUAAGUGUUAAAGCUAAACAUUGUGAACACUAAGAAUUUGGAAUGUUGUGAAUACUUAAAGAAAAUAGAACGAAAACCCUUUCUACUCGUGUAUAAUAAGCUUGACCUGGAUGGAUGUUGGGUUGUGUAGUUAGUAUAAUUGUAAUCUGUAACAUUUUAGUGGCUAUGUAAUGCACACCUUUUUUAUUUGCAUUACUUACGACAUUUUCAAUAAUGUCAUUUGUUUCUCUGAGUAUAAUGUUCACACAGAUUUGUAUGCUUGUAAAACCUUAUUCUUUUCAAAUAUGUAUACUGCUUCUAGAAUUGUUUUUAAAAUGUAAGCAAAAAACGAUCCGUUAGCCAACUGAUACUGUUCAAUUGUAUUGUUUUUAGAAGUGUAAUUUAUUUCGGCAUUACUGUAAGAACCGCGCUAUAACUGCAAACUGUAAUUUUUAUUUAGGGGAGUUCCCCGUUUUCUUUUACUCUUAUGCUGAGGGCUGAAUUGCAAGAGAAGGGCUUUGGAGCAGAGCCUUUGUGCUCUAAACUCCCAAAGCUGACCAGUAAAACACAAAUCUGAAGAGAUCGGUAAAUUGAGGAUUAUACAAUCCGUAACGGAUGAGUUUGUGACUCGCACAACUGUUAAUUUUUUUGUUUCCGUAUUUUAAGAAAAUGUUGCUUAGUUCUGCUUUACUUUGUAACACUAAACUGUUUGCUCCUGCCUAAGAUCGUAUUUAUUCCACAUGUUAAUACGUUUUUUUAUCCUAAUAUAAAUGUAAAACAUU